AUGCUAUAUUCUCGAUCCAAAAUCUCGAGCAAGGCGCUUACCGCCUUCUCGCCUGAGAUGUUUGUGUACAUGGAUUGUACAUCGAAACUCACCAACAGUUCCGACCCCACCGACCCCACCCCGCCUGUGUCUAAUCAGCAACCCCAACUGGAUUUAAAACCUUAUCGUUCUGGUAGAGUGGUUAGAGGUUGCAACUUCGCAAAGCAGCUAUGGAUGUUGCUGAGUCAUGAUGCAGAUGUGACUUUAAAGCAAUCUAGGCCUAUUUCAUGUCACAUUUAUGCUAUGGUUGUCGAUGAGGCAAACUUUCGUCCUCUUCCUCUCAGCCUUCUCGCCUAUCGCGUUGCUUGCCUAUCUGUCCAGCUAAACUGUCCACCUCAAAGUGAAUGUGCUUGUAUCAAUCCUAUGGGCUGUCUGCACCAACCGCUCCUGUUUUCCAACUCAUCAUUACUCCACAACCUUAUUAUAGCCAACGUUGGUAUGACUGUAGACGACUUACAACUUAAACAGGGCGAUGCCAAAGUUGAAUUUCGCGAUUGGCCUGUCGAAAUCAACGCAGAUGGUUAUACUGUAUCCGAGGAAAAUAAAUUUGAUGAUGCCACUCAUGAGAAUACGAAUCAGCCAUCUGGGAAUUCUUGUAAUUGCCCCUUCAUUCAAACAGUUGAUAGGUUGCCAAAAGAGUUG